GACUUCAGUCCAAGUGUUUGUUCCUCUUAUAUCAUCUAAUUUCCUCCAGUCUGGCCAAUGCAAAAGCAGUAUGGUCCUUGAGUAUUCUUCACUGAAUGGCCAUACUGCUUUUGUACUGUUACCAGCUAUCACAGGAACUUUGCCUUUGUUGCAUAUAAAUUGAUACCAUGAGCAUUUUUCUUUCUCAGGCCGUGACAAAUAUUUAUCCAGAGGUGUACUUUUUGUGCAAGUGUUGCCAGUUUUUUCAAGUACCCUGGACCCAGACAUGCUUACUGACUGAAACUGGUGACUGCUGUGAAACAAAGAUUCAGGUGGUGCGGGUGCAUUUCCCUCGGGAGGAGGCCACAGAUCCUUGUUUGGAUUACCAGAGGCAUCAGAACCGGCAGGAUGCAUUGCGGUCAUGGCAAAAUUUUGCUGUGCCCACUCAGGGAGCUUACUGGCACAGACAUCUUCAUCCAGACCGUUUUUCAAAGCCUCAUGAAGAAGAUUGUGUGGUUCUCUGUCAGAUCUCCAACAUAGUCCAUGAAAGUGAAUCAUGCCUCUGGAUUUGGCAAACUCAUACCUGUACCAGAAAGUAUCAACCUUAAAUGCAGUUUUCAUUACAGUUUCAAAGUAUUCUUGUGUCCGAAGAUUAAAGUAAUGUGAGACAA